AGAGAGCCAAAGCGGCUGGAGCAGCCGUGCCGCAGCAAAAGCCGCUCGGCCCGCUUGAAGAGGGAGGACGCGCCAACGAGUUUGUCUUCCGUGGAACUAUUCUAUCAGAUCUCCUGGAAGCAAAGAGGAUAUCCAUAAACUGCUGUAUGAAUAUUUGGUCUUGGAUCAACAGGAAGACCUCAGGAACCAAAAAUGCCGAAGCCGGUCAAUGUUCGAGUUACCACAAUGGAUGCAGAAUUGGAAUUUGCCAUCCAGCCUAAUACUACGGGGAAGCAGCUGUUUGACCAGGUGGUCAAGACCAUAGGCUUACGUGAAGUGUGGUACUUUGGUCUUCAAUAUGUGGAUAAUAAAGGUUUCCCAACCUGGCUGAAGCUUGAGAAAAAGGUCUCUGCUCAAGAAAUCAAGAAAGAGAACCCUCUGCAGUUCAAAUUCCGUGCCAAGUUUUUUCCUGAGGAUGUGUCUGUAGAGUUGAUCCAGGACAUCACGCAAAAGCUGUUCUUCCUGCAAGUGAAAGAAGGAAUCCUUAGUGAUGAGAUCUACUGCCCACCUGAAACUGCUGUCCUUCUUGGAUCUUAUGCUGUGCAAGCCAAAUUUGGAGACUACAAUACAGAACUCCACAAGGCUGGGUAUCUCAGUUCUGAACGCCUAGUCCCCCAGCGAGUGAUGGAUCAACAUAAGCUAUCUAGAGAGCAAUGGGAAGAAAGGAUUCAAGUCUGGCAUACUGAGCAUGGUGGAAUGCUUAAAGAAAAUGCCAUGCUGGAAUACCUGAAGAUUGCUCAGGAUCUAGAAAUGUAUGGAAUCAACUAUUUUGAAAUAAAAAAUAAGAAAGGGACAGAUCUUUGGUUGGGAGUAGAUGCACUUGGGCUCAACAUUUAUGAAAAGGACGACAAAUUAACCCCUAAAAUUGGCUUCCCUUGGAGUGAGAUUCGAAACAUAUCGUUCAACGAUAAGAAGUUUGUUAUAAAACCAAUUGACAAGAAAGCACCAGACUUUAUAUUUUAUGCUCCUCGCCUAAGAAUCAACAAGAGAAUUCUGCAGCUAUGCAUGGGAAAUCAUGAGUUGUACAUGCGCCGUAGGAAACCUGACACCAUUGAGGUCCAGCAAAUGAAAGCCCAGGCCCGUGAAGAGAAGCACCAGAAAGAGAUAGAAAGAGAGCAAUUAGAAAAUGAGAAGAAGAAAAGAGAGACAGUUGAGAAGGAAAAAGAGCAGAUGUUACGAGAGAAAGAAGAGCUGAUGGUGAGGCUGCAGGAGUAUGAAGUGAAGACACAAAAAGCAGAAAGAGAGCUCUCAGACCAAAUCCAAAAAGCCAGGCAACUUGAGGAAGAAAGAACAAGGGCCCAGGAGGAAGCAGAGCGUCUGGAGAAUGAACGUUUGAUGGCUCUGCAAGCUAAGGAAGAGCUGGAGAAACAAGCUGUUGACCAGAUGAAGAGUCAGGAGCAGCUGGCUGCAGAGCUUGCAGAAUACACAGCCAGGAUUGCUCUUCUGGAAGAGGCAAGGAAGCGUAAAGAGAAUGAGGUUGAAGAGUGGCAGCACAGGGCUAAAGAAGCCCAAGAAGAUCUGGUGAAAACAAAGGAAGAAUUACACCUGGCAACGACUGCUCCACCUCCUCCACCUCCACCUGUAUAUGAACCAGUGAACUAUCAUGUCUAUGAUCAUCUGCAAGAUGAAGGAACUGAGUCCUCUGGCUACAGUGCAGAAUUCUCAAGCGAAGGCAUAUUGGAUGAUCGCAAUGAAGAAAAGCGAAUUACUGAAGCAGAAAAGAAUGAGCGUGUGCAAAGACAGCUGAAGACGCUGACUGAUGAACUAGCUCAGGCCAGAGAUGAGAACAAGAAGACUCAAAAUGAUCUCAUCCACACAGAGAACAUGCGUCAAGGCCGAGACAAGUACAAGACACUGAGACAAAUACGACAAGGGAACACCAAGCAGAGAAUUGAUGAAUUUGAAGCUAUGUAAAUAUAGCUUCAUUGAAGACUCUGGGAAAUGCAGAUUUUGAAUGUUGACAUUUUGUCUUGAAGGGUCACUUGCAAAGUCAUACCAAAAAAAUAAAUAAACUCCCACACUGUCAGGCAUUACCUGAAUUUAAUAAAAGCAGCCACCAGCAUUUAAGUAUAAUAGGGAGAAGAGUCACAGAGAUGUAGUAAAAUCUUGAUAAUAUUGUGUCAAUAAAGUGAUGACAAAGGGUGUCUCAGAAUCACUUUUUUCCCAUGUGUUAAGAGUUUUGCAGCUUAAAUAGAUGGCUUUUUACUACCACAAGUAUAUCCAGAUUUGUUUGGGUUGUGGGGGAUAUGUUGUGCCAUGUUUCUUGUUCUUAAACACCCAUUGUAUUUGAAGUUAUAAUAUUCUUCAAGUUGGUCUUUCCUCCAUCCCACUUUCUCUUGUUAUUGCUACAGAGAUGUCACAAAAGCACCCUAAAAACCUUUCUUUUUGAAUUGGAGAGGUUCCCAGUGAUCACUGAGGGAGUGCAUGACAGGCACACUUCAAUGCCUUGCUUAUAUCAGAGAUAAGGGGAAAUUGUUGGUGUUCAAUAUUAUUCAAGUGUUGAACUGCAGCUUAACCAGUCAGCUGUAGUGUAGUAUUUAUAUAUAUGUUAAAGAUACAAGUAACAUAAUUCUAGUUUGAAAAGGAUUUUUUUUUUUGCUUUGUAUAUUUUAUUACUAUUUCUGGACUUAAUGUUAAACAAAUGACAUUUUGAAAAAAAUCUAAUCUCUGGGGUGAGGCAAUAUAAAAAACUGAUUAUGAUCUAGAAAACAUUCAUAAAGAUGAUUUUUUUUUACUUUAAAGGAAAUUGUAAUGCAUGCCUGUGAUUCAAUACAAAUAAUUUCACUGUUCCUAUUUUUUCUAACAGAUUUUCUAAUUUUUUAAAAAAUGGUACAGUUUCAGACUCCAGCCAUGAAGGGUCUAUCAGCUUUUUAAAAUGUCUCUGUUGAAGGGAGUUACUAUGGAAUUCCCUUACUACUCCCAUGUUAACCUCCAUUUGACCACCACCACCCAGCUCCCAAAAUCCCAUUUUAGGCUUUGGAAAUUGUCAGAGUGUCAAAGUACAAUAUGUUGCUAGCCCUGCUCUACAUACAGCUUUCUGUGCUGCUUUGUAUUUUGAAGUUUAUACCUCUGUAAUUCUGAUACAGUGCGGUGGGAUUAUUUGUUGAAUGCAAUCUACCCAUAAAUAAAAAAUCUGCAAGGCAACA